AUGAUAUUUGAUAAGGUUGUCAGGUACUUCUCCGCCAACAGUGGACAGCAGCUCGCUGGAAGAGGAGGGAAACAACACCACCAUCACCAUGUCAACAAGAUACAAAAAACCAAUGCUACUGCUACCAUGGCAACCAAUACCAGUACUACCACUACACUCCUUCAAGUACCCAACCAAUCAUCUAUACCAACAUCAUCAUCAUCCAUAUCCCAAUCAGCAUGGCAUCAACGUAUGAUCCUUUCUCGAGCUACUCACCAUAAGCUGCGUCAUCCUCCACCUAUACAGCAUCGUGGCUUACAAAGGACGAUUCAUUUAAAGAACAUGUUAAAACGACUACAACAAGAGGACAUGCACGAGGAUAAUGUACCACUAGCUAGCAUUCAAUUGUAG